AUGGCUAGUGCUCCUAAAAUUGCGAAAUCAUCGAAAACUAAAAAUGAUGCUCUGGACGAAGAAGCCGAAGGUGAAAAGUUUAUUCAUCAACAAGAUGCCAUAGAAAAAAUCGACGAAGUUCAGAAUGAUAUUGACAGGUUAAAUGAGCAGUGCAGUGAUGAGAUACUGAAAGUUGAACAGAAAUACAACAAACUACGACAGCCUCACUACCAACGGCGAUCUGAAAUGAUUGCCAAAAUUUCUAACUUCUGGGUAACUGCGUUUGUAAAUCAUCCCCAAGUUUCAGCCUUGUUGAAUGAGGAGGACGAGGAGGCCCUCCAGUCGCUGACCAAAGUUGAGGUCCAAGAAUUUGAAGAUGUCAAAUCAGGAUACAAAAUCAAUUUUCAUUUCGCUGAAAAUCAGUAUUUUGAAAAUAAAAUUAUAUCGAAAGAGUUUCAUUUAACUGAGACCGGUGAUCCUUCAUCAAAAUCAACACCAAUUGUGUGGAAAGAGAAUAAGGAUCUCACUAAGGUCCGCAGUUCUUCGGGAAGGAAAAGGUCUCACAGCGAACAGCAGGAAUCGUUCUUCAGUUGGUUCCUUGACCAUACGGAUGCUGGGUCAGAUGAGUUAGGAGAGGUUAUCAAGGACGACAUCUGGCCAAACCCACUUCAAUAUUAUCUGGUUUGUUAG